CCAUAAGGGCCUGCGCUCACGCUACGCUGCAGUGCGAAGAGACGCCUCAAGCCAGACGGGCUAUGGCUUCCAUACCUUGGUAUCUCCCGCUCCUAGUGCUGUUAGUGAACACAUUCGGAGCUCCAACUACUGGUCCCCUACUCACCAAGAGUCAAGAUGGCAUAAAAACGGGUGCGCCUUCUGCUGCUGGUGGGGUAAAGGGCGUCAAGGGGAUCGGCGUCAAAUCCAUUACAGCUUCAAAUCCAUUCUUGAAGGGGACUGUUCCACCUAGUCCUAAAAAUCUUCCCGAUGACAUCGACCCUUUCGCGCUCUCUCCUGUACCACCAUCGAACGUCAACAAUGGCACACCUUUAUCACCUGGAAACGAAAAUGAAGUGCCUAAUGUUCCAGGUGGGGGAGGAGGAGCGUUGAACCCUGCUCAAAGCGGCACCGGAAGUGUUACGACAACAACGACAACGAAUAACGUCCUAUCAAUAACCAACACCGGUAGUUCAACCACUCAGCCAACUGGUGGCAGUACAGUUACAUUGCAACCACUUGGUCCAAGAACUACUACUCCGGGAGCACCUGGUGAUUCGAGCAUAUUGACAAGUACAGGGCUCAACCCGAACACAUUUGUUGGAUCUACUAUGCCGAGUGGAAGGCAGGUUCCGCCAAUCUCUGUACCUUCCACCAUUCGCCAGGCUAUAGUCGGCGUGAACAAUGUACCAGCCUCAUCUGGGAUCAAUUCCAGAACUUCAAGUAUUCAUUCGGCCAUUAUAACGGGAAUGAACAAUUUACGCCCUGGUACUGUUUCUCCAGCUCACGCCGUUCCGUCAGUUGGUGUCACAGGAAGUGGCGUGGAAGUAGAAGUGCCUGGAUUAACAACGGGACUUGACCGAAGAUGGAAGUGGGUGCUCGCCCGCCGGACCGGUAUGUUUCCUCCAUACAUCCAAGCAAUUGAUCCUGAAGUAUUGUACUUUAAACUUGGUUACCAGGUCCCGAGUCUCCCAGUACUUCCAGAUCCCGUGCAGAGACUCCUUAACAACAUCCCCGUUCAACCUGCUGGUAGCGGUAUUUAUGGGCGCAGAAGUUCCACAACAUUGAUUGAUAUCAUUAGAAAAAUUGCGAGAGUCACAGCUUUGAAAAAUCUUUUGUUGAGCAGUAAACUUGCUCAUAAAACGAACCAAACAAAAUUGCUGACUUCCCUUAUAGCAAGUGAAACGUCAGGUUCAUCAGGGGCGUCUCCCAUAGAGCGUCUUCUGCUCCAGAGUGGCUCACAAUCGUCCUCAGUUCAGCCAGGAAUUUGGAGCAGUUUGGUCUCACUCUUUGGUAGUGACCCCUACGGAUUCUCUUUCGGAAGCCCUUACACUGGACGGUUUCGUUCCCCAUACAGCAGCUCAAACGUUGGCGCAUAUGGUAGUACCUCCGGCCGCCCGUGGUCGACUUUCCCCCAUGCACCAUUUUCGGGAAAUACAUGGCCAUACUAUGGCAGUAGUCCCCUAGCACCUUUCGCACCAUACGCCCCAGGAUUGGGGCCUUAUUCUUUCUUAGGUACAUAUGGUGUUCCAUCGGGAUCGUCGUACCCUGGUUUUCCAGGUUACGAUGGAAGUUCAGUGACCAAAAGCAUACUGAGCACUAUUACUGGAGUAAACAGUGGAAAUACUGGCAUGCGUUACGUAAUGGCACCUGACGGAACACUUUCGUCACUAAUGGACCCGUUCUCAACUGCUACUAAUAGAGGCUAUAAUGACUUCUCUGUGCCAGGAAGCUCUACAACUUUUACCGAGAGGCUGAUGAGGGCGUUUACACAUCCUCGUGAAUACACACUAAGUCCUAACAGAGAACUUUUGUACAACAAUAGGGGUGCCCUGUAUGAAACCGGACCACUUUCUUCGCUUUUAGGAAGCACAAGCAACCCCUUAUACAAUCUAUUCAAGAAUACAGCUACAUCGAAAACUAGUUUUGAUCAGUUGAUAAGAUCUGGUGCCGCAUAUCCAUACAUUUUACUGAAUUUGUUGCGUGCAAAUCCCCGGUCUCCAGUGGUUAACGCUAUUGUAAAGCAGUUUAUAAUUCAGCAGCGGCCAGGAGGGAUAUUUAGUUCAUUAUUCGACAACGUGUAUGGAAAAGAUAGUGAAACAGGUGGGUCCACUAAAAUGAUUUCCCUGCUUCGCAGCGCAAUCACCAAUCCAAAUGAUAUCGCAGGUCAGUAUUUAGCCCGAUUAGCCGGAAUAAGUCCAGAAACAAUGGGGCUUACUUCGAAAACUAAAACAACUUUAGACCCCACCACAAAAACGCUAGCCUUCCUUCAAGGUCUUCACCAGCCUACAGAAGGCGGUCCUUACGACACCCUCAACAAGCUAUUGCUAGACACACAGGAUCCAUUAAGCCGUGUAAACUCACGUCACAAUCUUCUUACUCCAGAUUAUGCCAGCAGUCCGGAAACGUAUAAUACGCAACCUCGCAUAGCUGACACCUUGUUUAAAGCAAUCGGACCAGAAAAGACGACAGUAGGAAUGAAAGAAGUAAUCACAAAAACGGUAGGUCCUUCAAAUCUGUACACUUCAGCGUUUACGCGUCAACCUACCCCCAAAACACAGGUUAUUUCAAAUACGUACCCAUCCAGGGUGCAACCAACGAUAGCAUCGUCGAUUACUCCCGUUACCUCGGGUUUACACGUCAUGGAGCAGACGGUUCAACCAUCGUCCCCACUAGCCCUACUAGGACUACGAAAUGUACCAGGAAUGCCCAGUGGCACAGUUCCACUCUAUGGAACUUCAGCUCCUCACCCCCUGUUCUCCACUGGAACAUCAGUAAGUAGCACUCCUGUUGCGUUUGUUAAUGGUCAGUUUGUCUCAUCAACAAAUGGAAUACUGGGAAGUACUCUCGGGCAAACAGGGUUACCAAUAACAACAGCUGCCUACACAGCUGGUGUUCCAAUAACUACGGGAUAUGUGUCGGGCACAACUACUUCACAUCCAUACAUCCUGGGAAGUUCUCCAAUAGGCGCCCACCCACACUACAUAGUUGAAGGUCAUGAGGCUCCUGGAACUCGUUGGCAACUGAAAGUGUGGCGCAAUCAUCCAGGCGUGUCUACCAUCAUACCGGGUGUGUCUGGUUACGCUUCGUACGUUUCUGGUAAUCCAGCCAUGGGACUUCUGGGAUCUUCCAGCCUAAGUGGCAUACCAGUAGUUGGAGGAUCCACUUCGCACUAUAUCGUUCAUGGCCCUGCUGCAAGCACCGGUUUUAGCCGAAUUAUUAGCUCAGUAGGCACAAACCAGGCAACUGGCGCAUACAUACCCAGUACCUCGUCUCUUAGUGGAACCACAUCCAGUAGCGGCAUUGCUUCAGGCAACAGCUUUACGGCGAGUCCUGGCAGUGCCAGCAGUACAACGAGAUACUACUACAGCUCAAGAAGCGGUGGCAAUGGUUAUUCAGGAGUUUCAUCUGGUACAAACGGAGGUAUGACUUCAGGUCUACAAAGAUCAAGUGGAGACAGUCUGUCAUCUUUCGAUAGCAGCAGUGGCAGCAGCGGCUUGACCCAAGAUCACCUUUCUCAGACGAAAUUGCAAUGAAAAGGCUGGCCCAUAAGCAAUUAUAUAUCAAUAUUGUUCAUCAACCAUUUAAAUGACUGUUUGAAGGCAUGCUAUUACCGCUGUAUUGCGAUUUGUGCACCAAUGUAUUAUUAAUUACAUCCACCAGUGUUUGGCGAAAUAAAGUUUACAAUGAACAAGU